AUGAGUACCGGAACGCCUUAUAUUGGCAGUAAAAUCAGCUUAAUAUCUAAGGCCCAGAUUCGAUAUGAAGGCGUUUUAUACACCAUCGAUACAGAUAACUCGACGGUUGCUUUGGCCAAAGUAAAAUCCUUCGGAACUGAGGGGCGCCCCACGGAGAGGCCCGUGCCGCCGAGAGAUGAGAUUUAUGAAUACAUCAUUUUCAGGGGGAGUGACAUCAGAGACAUCACGGUUUGUGAACGCCCAAAAGCACACCAUUCCCUGCCUCAAGACCCGGCAAUUGUGCAGUCUUCCAUCGGCAGCUCGGCCACCUACCAGCCUCAGGUGCCAUACAGUCCGUACAGGAAGGUGAUGCCAUCCUAUGGUCAGCUGACUGCUAGUUCCCUGCUCAGUCCGCAGUAUGCUGCUGCACUGGGCCUGGGGGCGAGGCUUCAUGGCAUUCCAAUGACACGGGCCCCUACGGUGGAGCAGGCGGUACAGACAGUGGCAACAGAAAAUACUGCACAGAAAAAAAGCAUGUCCCUAUCUCAGCAACAACGGCGUGUAUCCACCAGACCACCCCAGCAGGCUGGGCAAAAUGCCCCCCAUAUACAGAGGACUGCACCUGAUAACCCAGAGAGUCAGCCUGUGUCACAAGUCCAAAGGCAGAGCACUGGUGAAAACCAAAGGCCAUGGGGGCAACAACAAGGAAGUAGACGUUCCAGGAACCGUGGAAGAGGACAGUUUUUUGUGGGAAACUCAAAGCCCAGCACUCUACAGUUUGAGUCUGACUUUGAUUUUGAAACCGCUAAUGCCCAAUUCAACAAAGAUGACCUGGUGAAGGAAUUGCAGGAUAAACUGACCAUAAAAGACACAGAGGACAAGGUGGACUCUGGUGUCGACACACACACCAGCGAAGAGACGGUGGAGGCGCACCCCUUGGGGCCAAAGUGUUACUAUGACAAAGCCAAAUGUUUCUUUGACAACAUAUCAUCAGAGCUGAAGUCCAGAAGGACAACGUGGGCAGAGGAGCGGAAGCUGAACGUUGAGACGUUUGGGGUACCUGGCAGGUUCCUGAGGGCCCGAGGCAUGCAGGGGGGCCUUCAUGGCCGGAGGGGGCAGGGGGCAGCACAGCGCAUCCCCCCCAUGCAGAGAGUGGGGAGCGGAAGGCUAUAA